AUGAUAACAGUAACCGUUUGCAGCAGCAGCAACCAACAGGUAGUCCAACCAACCCAACCAUCCCGCAAGGAGCCAACGCGACAAGCCUUGAAGAUGUACAAACAAUCGCUCAUCCUGCUCUCCUGUGCCCUGGCACUGACGCUGGCCGCACCGCCCGCACCGCUCACCAAACGCUCGCCGCAGGGUGGCCCGGACGCGGAAGCGACCGUCGUGGCGCAGGACCAGAUCAUCAACGAGGGCGGCUCGUACGCGUACAACUACGAGACGAGCAACGGCAUCAAGGCGCGCCAGACGAGCGACAACGGCGUGUCGGCGAACGGCGAGUACUCGUUCCUCGCCCCCGACGGUACCUCCUACUCGGUCGUGUACGUCGCGGACGAGAACGGAUUCCAGCCGCAGGGCGCCCACCUGCCGACCGAGCCGCCAGCGCCCGAGCACGUGAUCAAGCUACUGGAGGAUCUGCGCGCCAACCCGCCGUCCGAUCCGGAGUUCGAUCUGGCCUCGCUCGAUGCCACCCUUGCCCGGCUUCGCGCCACCCAGGGCUAGAAGAACCGAGUGAACCGAGAGAACAGAUGAUGAUGAUGAUGCAGCAAGCAGUUUGUACAUAGCUUCAACCGACCGCGUUGGACUCGCCUCACCUAAUUCCCCGUCUCCCACCACAACACACCUCUCCUCGCCCCCAUUGCCUCACCUUGUGCAGGACACGCAGCCGUACUACGAUGCGUCCUUGCGGGGCUGCUCCUCCAUCGUCCGAGGCACCUUCCCGGUCGAUUAGUUAGUUUCAAUUUAGUUUCAAUUGUCCCUAGCACCGAAUAAUAAAAAAAAGAAUGAAUUGCAAUUACCAAUGU